GCGCUCGCGGGCUCGGCGGGCUGUGCGCGCCCACUCCGGCUCCAGCGGCCAGCGCGCGCGGGCCCAGGCCGCCCGGCUCCAGCCCAGCAAUAGCAGCAGCGGCAGCGGCGGCGGCGGCAGUUCGCGCGAGGCCCCGCGCCCCCAGCAGCUCCUCCCCGGCGCCGUGCAUGGAGACGCGGCCCGUCACCCGCCGCUGAGCCCCCGCCGCCCGGCCGGGACCCGCCGGGGCUGGGGUGGCCUCGGGCUCCGGCCGGCCCCGCCGCCCGAGGGCUGCGCGCGGCCCGCGGGCCUCGCCGCCCCGCGCGGAUCGUCGCGGCCCGGCCGUCCCGUCCCAGGAAGUGGCCGUCCUGAGCGCCAUGGCUCACUCCCCGGUGCAGUCGGGCCUGCCCGGCAUGCAGAACCUAAAGGCAGAUCCAGAAGAGCUUUUUACAAAACUAGAGAAAAUUGGGAAGGGCUCCUUUGGAGAGGUGUUCAAAGGCAUUGACAAUCGGACUCAGAAAGUGGUUGCCAUAAAGAUCAUUGAUCUGGAAGAAGCUGAAGAUGAGAUAGAGGACAUUCAACAAGAAAUCACAGUGCUGAGUCAGUGUGACAGUCCAUAUGUAACCAAAUAUUAUGGAUCCUACCUGAAGGAUACAAAAUUAUGGAUAAUAAUGGAAUAUCUUGGUGGAGGCUCCGCACUAGAUCUAUUAGAACCUGGCCCGUUAGAUGAAACCCAGAUCGCUACUAUAUUAAGAGAAAUACUGAAAGGACUCGAUUAUCUCCAUUCGGAGAAGAAAAUCCACAGAGACAUUAAAGCGGCCAAUGUCCUGCUAUCUGAGCAUGGUGAGGUGAAGCUGGCGGACUUUGGUGUGGCCGGCCAGCUGACGGACACCCAGAUCAAAAGGAACACCUUCGUGGGCACCCCGUUCUGGAUGGCACCCGAGGUCAUCAAACAGUCGGCCUACGACUCGAAGGCAGACAUCUGGUCCCUGGGCAUAACAGCUAUUGAACUUGCAAGAGGGGAACCACCUCAUUCCGAGCUGCACCCCAUGAAAGUUUUAUUCCUCAUUCCAAAGAACAACCCACCGACGUUGGAAGGAAACUACAGUAAACCCCUCAAGGAGUUUGUGGAGGCCUGUUUGAAUAAGGAGCCGAGCUUUAGACCCACUGCUAAGGAGUUAUUGAAGCACAAGUUUAUACUACGCAAUGCAAAGAAAACUUCUUACUUGACCGAGCUCAUCGACAGGUACAAGAGAUGGAAGGCCGAGCAGAGCCAUGACGACUCGAGUUCCGAGGAUUCUGACGCGGAAACAGAUGGCCAAGCCUCGGGGGGCAGUGAUUCUGGGGACUGGAUCUUCACAAUCCGAGAAAAAGAUCCCAAGAAUCUCGAGAAUGGAGCUCUUCAGCCAUCGGACUUGGACAGAAAUAAGAUGAAAGACAUCCCAAAGAGGCCUUUCUCUCAGUGUUUAUCUACAAUUAUUUCUCCUCUGUUUGCAGAGUUGAAGGAGAAGAGCCAGGCGUGUGGAGGGAACUUGGGGUCCAUUGAAGAGCUGCGAGGGGCCAUCUACCUAGCAGAGGAGGCGUGCCCUGGCAUCUCCGACACCAUGGUGGCCCAGCUCGUGCAGCGGCUCCAGAGAUACUCUCUAAGUGGUGGAGGAACUUCAUCCCACUGAAAUUCCUUUGGCAUUUGGAGUUUUGUUUUUCCUUUUUUCCUUCUUCAUCCUCCUCCUUUUUAAAAGUCAACGAGAGCCUUCGCUGACUCCGCUGAAGAGGUGCGCCACCGAGGGCCACCCCAAUGCCGGGCGCCCGUCCAGGGACACACACAGUCUUCGCUGUGCUGCAGCCAGAUGAAGUCUCUCAGAUGGGUGGGGAGGGUCAGCUCCUUCCAGCGAUCAUUUUAUUUUAUUUUAUUACUUUUGUUUUUAAUUUUAACCAUAGUGCACAUAUUCAAGGAAAGUGUCUUUAAAAACAAAAACCCUGAAAUGUAUAUUUGGGAUUAUGAUAAGGCAACUAAAGACUUGAAACCUCAGGUAUCCUGCUUUAAGUUGAUAACUCCCUCUGGGAGCUGGAGAAUCGCUCUGGUGGGUGGGUGUACAGAUGUGUAUAUAAUGUCAUUUUUACGGAAACCCUUUCGGCGUGCAUAAGGAAUCACUGUGUACAAACUGGCCAAGUGCUUCUGUAGAUAACGUCAGUGGAGUAAAUCUUCGACAGGCCAUAACUCGAGUCUAUUGCCUUGCCUUUAUUACAUGUACAUUUUGAAUUCUGUGACCAGUGAUUUGGGUUUUAUUUUGUAUUUGCAGGGUUUGUCAUUAAUAAUUAAUGCCCCUCUCUUACAGAACACUCCUAUUUGUACCUCAACAAAUGCAAAUUUUCCUCGUUUGCCCUACGCCCCUUUUGGUACACCUAGAGGUUGAUUUCCUUUUUCAUCGAUGGUACUAUUUCUUAGUGUUUUAAAUUGGAACAUAUCUUGCCUCAUGAAGCUUUAAAUUAUUAUUUUCAGUUUCUCCCCAUGAAGCGCUCUCGUCUGACAUUUGUUUGGAAUCGUGCCACUGCCGGUCUGCGCCAGAUGUACCGUCCUUUCCAAUAUGAUUUUCUGUUGCACCUUGUGAAUUCUGCAUAUCAUCUUUCCCACCUAAAAAUGUCUGAAUGCUUACACAAAUAAAUUUUAUAACACGCUUA